AUGGCGCUUCCUCCGAAAGUCUACCAGUUCCUUGUGGGCCUUUUCGCCUCGCUCGGUUCCCUGCUCUACGGUUAUGACUUGGGUGUCAUUGCUCAAGUCAUUUCUGCGAAGGCAUUUACUACCAAGUUCAAUCCUACAGACAAUGAGACUGGAGCGGUUGUGUCUGUUUUCACUGGUGGUGCGUUCUUCGGUGCCCUUGCUGCUGGUCCGCUUGGUGACUGGCUCGGUCGCCGUCUCACCAUCCUGAUCGGUGCGGUUAUCUUCUGUCUCGGUGGUGCUCUGCAAACCGGUGCCCAGGCCCUCUCCUACCUCUACUCUGGCCGUCUGAUCGCCGGUGUCGGUGUCGGUACUCUUGUUAUGAUCAUUCCCCUCUACCAGGCCGAGCUUGCCCACCCUAGCAUCCGUGGUCGUGUCACCGCCCUCCAGCAGUUCAUGUUGGGUAUCGGUGCCCUGGCCGCUGCCUGGAUCUCCUACGGUUGCGAUGUUGGAUUCGCCCCUACCAACGACGGCCAAUGGCGCACCAGUCUGGGAAUUCAAGUCGUCCCUGCUGUUUUCCUCGCCGCACUCAUCAUGGUCUUUCCCGAAUCACCACGCUGGCUCAUCGACCACGGCAAGGUGGAGCAGGGCCUCAAGAAUCUGGCCAAACUACACAGCCACGGUGACGAGACGGAUACAUGGGUUCAAGCCGAGUUCCAGCAGAUUCAGGAUGCCAUCACUUUUGAUCAUGAGAACGAGGCCAAGAGCUACAUUGAGCUUUUCAAGGACAAGUCGUGCUUCCGUCGUGUUUUCUUGGCUUCGGCGCUCCAGGCUUCGGUGCAGAUGACUGGUGUUUCAGCAAUCCAGUACUACUCCGUUACCAUCUACGGAAAGAUGGGUAUCGAUGGCCCCGACGCACUCAAAUACCAAGCCAUUUCCUCGAUCCUCGCGCUCUUCGGACAAUUCCUGUGCAUCAUGUUCAUUGAUCGCUUUGGACGUCGCUGGCCGCUUAUCUUGGGUAAUUUGGGCAACUGCAUUACCUUCAUCAUUUCCACUAUUUUGCUGGCUGUUUUCCCGCCGGGCUCAAGCAACAACAAGGCUGCAUCUUGGGGCUUCAUCGCCAUCACUUGGAUCUACAACUUCAGUUUCAGUUCGACUUGUGGACCACUAUCCUGGAUUAUCCCGGCUGAAAUCUUUGACACGAAGACUCGUUCCAAGGGUGUGUCUAUCGCGACUAUGGUUUCAUUUGCUUUCAACACCAUGAUUGGUCAAGUCACCAAGCCCGCUAUGGAGACUGCAGGAUGGAAAUUUUACCUGCUGUUUGUCAUCUGCAACUUGACCAACGCAAUCUUCUUCUACUGCUUCCUCCCUGAGACUGCCAAGCGCCCACUUGAGGAGAUGAACCACCUCUUCACUCAUGCACCCGUGUUCGUUCCUAGAAUGGACAAGCGCGACUGGGCUCCUGGUAUGGAUCUUGAGCGUCGCCUCGAGGAGGUCGCAGCGAAGCAGGGAUCGAUAUCGCAUGCCGAGGAAGCCAAGUACUAG